AUGGCGGGCCUCAAACGUCACCAUGACGGGAAGAUCGCCGGGCUGUACGACCUGGACAAGACGCUAGGCCGCGGACACUUCGCUGUAGUCAAACUGGCCCGGCAUGUCUUCACUGGAGAAAAGGUGGCGGUGAAGGUGAUCGAUAAGACCAAGCUUGAUCCAGUGGCGCGAGGCCACCUUUUCCAAGAGGUGCGAUGCAUGAAGCUAGUGCAGCACCCUAACGUGGUGCGGUUGUACGAGGUCAUCGACACAGCCACCAAGCUCUACCUCAUCCUGGAACUGGGGGACGGCGGAGACAUGUUCGACUGCAUCAUGAAGCACGAGGGAGGCCUCAGUGAGGAAGUUUCCAAGUGUUACUUCGCCCAGAUCGUACACGCCAUUUCCUACUGCCACCGGCUACACGUGGUGCACAGAGACCUGAAGCCCGAGAACGUGGUGUUCUUCGAGAAGCAGGGCGUCGUCAAGCUUACAGACUUUGGCUUCAGCAACAGGUUUCAGCCAGGAAAGAAGCUCAACACCUCAUGUGGCUCGCUGGCGUAUUCAGCACCCGAGAUCCUGCUGGGGGACGAAUAUGACGCGCCUGCUGUCGAUAUCUGGAGUCUGGGUGUGAUUCUCUUCAUGCUUGUGUGCGGCCAGCCGCCUUUCCAGGAGGCCAACGACAGCGAGACGCUCACCAUGAUCAUGGACUGCAAAUACACGGUGCCCCCGCACAUCUCAGGAGCUUGCAGAGAUCUUAUUAGCCACAUGCUGCAGCGCGACCCCAAGAAGCGAGCGACUCUGGAGGAAAUCGAGAACCACGCUUGGCUCCAAGGAGUCGACCCGUCGCCGGCCACUAAGCUCUCCACACCACUGGUAUCCCACCGUAGCUUGCUGGAAGAAGAGCACAGUUCCAUCAUCCAACGCAUGGUGCUGGGCGGCAUUGCAGACCGAGAUGCCAUAACUGAGGCUCUCGAGUCAAAUCAGUACAACCACAUCACGGCGACAUACUACCUACUGGCUGAGAGGAUGCUGAGGGAGCGACAAGAGAAGGAGCAACACAGCCAGACACGAUCGCCCAGCCCAAGCAAGGCCCAGUUUAGGCAGUCUUGGCCCACCCGAGUGGAUGUCCACCAGGAUGUCAGCGAUGGCUUAGGUGGCCCGGCCAUGUCACACCCCGGCGGGCCCCAAUCCCCCGCCCGCAGCGCCGAGAGCCUCCACAAAGGCCCCCGGCCCAAAACGGCUCUACUGGACCUUAGUCACAGGCAGGACCACCAGCAGUCAGUUGGUCAGAACCAGGAUAAGGGGCUCCGGCCUCUCGCUAAACCUCACUCCAAUCCUCUCAGACUGGGCUCUUUGACAUCAGGGGGGUCUUGUAAAACACGCAGUCCGAGCCUUUUCAGCGUGGAGGAGGAUGAGGAGGAAGAAGAAGGCGAGGACCAAUGUUCCCCCUCUGCUCCUCCAGCUCAAGUGGUGCUUCGCGCCAAAGCCUCGUCGUCCCUGGCCUCGUCCCGUAAUAGGUUGACGUCCCGGAUGAGCGCUCCGGUUCUCAACCAGAUCCACGAGGACGAGCAAGGGGAAGAUGAGGAGGAAGAGGAAGAGGAGGGGGACUUAAAAGGGCACAGCGUGACUAAGCCCAGCCUCAGCCUGGAUCUGAACACCAGAACGGCGUCGCCUCCGUCGCCUAAAAUAGCGAGCUCGCCGGCACCCGUCGCCAACCUGACGCCCGGCUCGGAGACGAGCGAGGACAACACGGAGAGUCGGAGGACGUCGGACGCAGCGACGGGGGAGGGUACCGAAGAUGCCGAGAAAAGGGCGGCGGCCCAGGACAGCCACUCUCACUGCACCAGCCCCGGGUCCGUUUCGGGCCAAGGCAAGAACUCGGCCAAAGCUUCAAGCGGCUUGGUGGAAAGUCUCAAAUUGAUGAGCUUAUGCCUCAGCUCGCAGUUCCACAACCUGAAAGGUGGCGCGGGUGGGGGGACACCGGGCAACGGCCCGCCCGGCAUCGGCGGGGACCCUCAGGAACGCCCCGUUUGGAGAAUGUGUGUCGGCGGCUCAACCGGCAGCUUGGACAAGGUCUCGCUUCUGGGGGGGCCGUCGCCCCGGGGGAAUCUGUACCAGCAGCCGCCCCCUUUGGGGGACGCUCUGGUCGACCCCCUGCUGGAGGGCUCCUGCUCGGGGACCUUGAUGCUGGGGGAGCUGGACCUGGCUCGCGAGAACCACAGGAACAUGAAGAACCGAGCUCUGCAAAUGCCUCUGAGCGACAAGACUCUGUCGGUCAACAUCCACCGCAGUCCUAAGGAGGGUCUCCUGUGCACCCCCACCCCUCAUAGCUGCUGCCAGGUUAUUUAG